AGAAGGGGGCGGGGGUAGGGAAAGGUUUGCGCGCCUUUCCCCUUUCUUGGGCCGCCGGAUUGGUUGAAGGAAGGGGAGGGUGCUUUCAGACAGCGGGUGGGACGCGCGUCGAAGGCGGCGGCCGAAGGACCUCUGAGCGCGCUCGCGUGUGCGAGCCAACCACACCUCCUCCCUCCGCCGUGCGCGCGUGCUAGCCGCGUCUUUCGAUUCCUUCCUCCCUUUCCUGCUGCUACCUGGCUCGUCAGUCAGGAACGAGGAUCGGCGGGCUGUGGCGGUUUCUGUAGCGAGCGCGACUCAGGCAGCCGCGGGAGCCGUGGGGAGGGGUGGAGGCUCGCUCUGCGGAACAGCCUCGAGACUGACUGCCUGCCUGCCUCCCCUCCUUCCUUCGCGGAGGAGAGGCAUUAAUUAGUCGCCCCCUUGGCUCGCUUGUGUCUCCAGGGAGGGCAGGUCGCCCCUCCCUCCUCUCCCCAUUUUGCUCGUGCUCUUGUGGCGGGGUAAAGCGCGUGAGGAGGGCGGGGCGCGCUUGGUUUCGCCAGUUCUUCUCCCCCCCCCGCCGUUCGACUGCGGUUUCACAAUUUUUUUAUUGGGAAAUAAUUGGAGAGCGGAAUUAAGUAAUCUUACAUCUCCAGGAAUCCAAGCGCGAUUGGGGAGCAUCUUAAAGCGUUUAGAGUUCUGUUGCAACUUCUCCUUUCUCAACGUCUAUGUUUCCACAUAUUUAUUUUAUUAACCCUAUUUUCAAACAAUUGAGGAAGGCCUUGCCACAUCUCGGAGGCCUUGCCACAUUUUUCGCCAUCCUAAAUCCAAAGCCUUGUUCAGGAGGAGACGGAAGCAGCAACCAGGUGUUGCUCAUGCCAGGUUCAGCCUUUGUAGGGCCCCAGUUCUGAGGGAGCCAGAAAUGCACAAGGAGUUUUCUGUACUUUGGUUAUUUAGCCCUCAGUAGAACUCAAGGGUCCUUUCCCCCCUUAUCUCCUCUCAGAGCUAGCAGGAUAUUAAAUUCCCCACUUCACCAAACUAGUUUUCAUUGCAGUAGCUAGCCAUCACCCAUUGGGAUAAUAGGAGAAUACAGUUCAUAUGACACUUUAUUUUGGAGGCUCCGUGAUCAAACCACUAUUCAAGAGCCAAAGGGCACUGAGAGGACUUGAUUAUCUCCCAAGGGGGUGCUAAAGGUGGAAAACAAAGAAAGUCCCAGAAAGAUCUCUCCUCAAUAAGAGGAAUAGAAUCAACAGUGUCUGGAUAUUUUUCAUUUCCCACCCCCAAGUGUCUGACAAUCUUUUCAGAGGAGACCUAAAGCUUGUAGGACUGUUUCAAGAUGUGUAGCUCGAUUGCUCCUAGGCUGUGGUUUUUAACAGAUCGUCGUAUCAGGGAAGACUACCCUCAGCAGGAAAUCCUGAGGGCACUCAAAGCCAAGUGUUGUGAAGAGGACCUGGACUUCAGGGCCUUGGUGAUGGAUGAAGUGGUUCUGACCAUUGAGCAAGGAAAUCUGGGUCUCCGAGUCAAUGGGGAGCUCAUCACUGCUUAUCCUCAGGUAGUGGUGGUUCGUGUGCCAACUCCAUGGGUCCAAAGUGACAGUGACAUUACAGUUCUUCGCCAUCUGGAAAAGAUGGGUUGCCGGCUGAUGAACCGUCCCCAAGCCAUACUCAAUUGUGUCAACAAGUUCUGGACUUUUCAAGAACUGGCUGGCCAUGGUGUGCCUCUUCCAGAUACCUUCUCCUAUGGAGGUCAUGAAAACUUUGCCAAAAUGAUUGAUGAAGCAGAAGUGCUGGAAUUCCCCAUGGUUGUAAAAAACACACGUGGUCAUAGAGGUAAAGCUGUGUUUCUGGCAAGAGACAAGCAUCAUUUGGCGGAUCUUAGCCAUCUAAUUCGUCAUGAGGCCCCUUAUCUAUUCCAAAAAUACGUCCAGGAGUCCCAUGGCAAAGAUGUGCGUGUCAUCGUGGUGGGAGGCCGUGUGGUGGGCACAAUGCUGCGUUGCUCAACAGAUGGUAGAAUGCAGAGCAAUUGCUCACUUGGUGGCAUAGGAAUGAUGUGCUCACUGAGUGAACAAGGCAAGCAGCUGGCAAUCCAGGUGUCUAACAUCUUGGGAAUGGAUAUAUGUGGCAUCGACCUCUUAAUGAAGGAUGAUGGCUCAUUCUACGUCUGCGAGGCCAAUGCAAAUGUAGGUUUCAUUGCCUUUGACAAGGCUUGUAAUCUAGAUGUAGCUGGUAUCAUAGCGGAUUAUGCCGCUUCCCUUCUUCCCCCCGGUCGCUUGACACGACGCAUGUCCUUGCUCUCUGUGGUAUCCACGGCUAGCGAGACUAGCGAGCCAGAGCUGGGCCCUCCAGCUAGUGCCACUGUCGACAAUAUGAGUGCUAGCUCCAGCUCUGUCGACAGUGACCCUGAAACCACAGAGAGAGAGUUGCUCACCAAGCUCCCGGGGGGUCUUUUCAACAUGAACCAGCUAAUAGCCAAUGAGAUUAAACUCCUGGUGGAGUGAUGCCACAUGUAAAUAAAUAUGACCAACUUUCUUGUACAUUUUUUUAAAAAAACAAAAACCUACCAACUUGUAGUGCUGUUUAUCGGAAGCAGCUCAUGGAGGUGAGAGGAAGGACUUAGCCUGGGAAGCAAGAUCAAAACACGCAUGUUCUGUGAAUGCUGCUUUUGCUACUUGUUAACCUUACAGAACGCACAUUUAGUUGAUAUAUUUUGACAGCCAGUUUCUAAUUGGUAAUGCCCAGUUAAAAGCCUUUGUUUGUGUGGGAGGGUUUAACACGUUCCAGUUUCAUUAGCGAUGCCACUGUGAUGUAUGAUCCCAUUGCAGAGCACGUCUGUUCAUAGGGAAGUGUGAUUCAGCUUGAUUUGUGCUUUCAAAGUUUGGAAAGUUGUUGGAACUUUCAAAAAACAUCUGUGAACGAAUGUAUCUGCAAACCAUCCCCUCACCUCAUUGGAGCUCAAUCCUAUUGGUUCCUUUAUACCUCUUGCUUUAUUGUCCCAUAGGAGUUGAGAGGUUUGGGGCAGCCAUUUUUCAUUUAAAGGUUCUAAAUAUCAGCCUUUUCCAUCUAAUGUCAAUGGGAUCUGUGAGAACUCACACACCUGAUAAACAACCCGUGACAGUCUUAGAAGAUCUGGCCCUUAAGUAUUUUAACAGCGUGCAGCAUUUAUUAAUUCAACAUGAGUUUUUGAAACAAACCUGCGACUUCUGCCAUUUCAGUAUUACCAGAUGGGUUUGUGUCCAUACACGUUAUAUUGGGGAGGGAGGGGUGACACCUUCCUUGGGGAAAAGAUUUUAGUAUAUGUGAAGAUUUUAAAAAUCAAUUUAAUUCUUGGAUUUUGGGGGUGGGAGCAAGAGAGAUGUGCAUACAUUUCAGUCAUGCUCAUUGAUGGCAGAAGUGGCAUGUUUACUUUUGCACAAAAGGCAAAGAUAAACAGCACUGUUAACUUUGGUGUACAAAAUAAUGUUUAAUCCAAUGUGAAAAAGAAUAACACUAGUUUAAAACAAAUGUGCAUUGACUUGUAUUUGUUAGUGUGUUAGUUCUUUCUGCAAGAUAUAUGCUAUGUUAAUGUUUCAUUUCUAAUACAUGCUUGUCUAAUGCUCCUUCUCAAUGCCUGCAUCUUUAACAGUGGCCAAACUUGAAAAUACCCCACCCUAUUUAACAGCAGCAGUGAAGGCAGGGGAACCCCUAGACACACACAUACAUUUCUCUGUCUUUUUUUUUAAUCUGUUACCCAGAAAAAUAUGGGAGGGGGUGUGGAGGAGGGUUGAAAUGGUUGCAAAUUUCAAAAAUAUUUUGGAGUAAACUCAAGGUGUUACUAUUACUAGUAACCUUUCUUAUAGAAAACUGAAAUCUAAAGUAUCCUGACUUGCUAAGGAGGAGAAAUCCUGAAGAGAAAUAGGCAGGUUUUAAGAAACAAUGCAGGACACUUUGCCAGUAAGGCCCAGCCAGAAUGGAAAUAUGAUUUAAGGCCACAAAUAUGGAUCUCAGGCCCCUCUAUGUGUCUGUAUUUUGCUUUGUUUUGUCAUUGGUUUUUGUCUGUCCAGUUCGUCACUCUUCUCCAGAAUGCCUGAUGAUCUCUUCUCCCAACCCCCACAACCCUGAUACUUCUGGCUGUGCAUUUUCUUAUUAAAUUUGAUAAAAGAACCAAAACAGCAGCUUUGGGUCUGUUUUAAUGGCCUCACCUUCCUCCUCCUCACCCACUUCUCACUCAUUUAUUUUCUUUGGGUUGCAUAUAGCAUUGAAACUAUAGCAUAUAGAAGUAUAUGCUAGCAUAUAGAAAUAUAGAUACAAAAACGUAUUACAUAAAGAAAAUCACACAAAGUAAAAUGUUUACAACAAAAAGAUGGUUCCAUGGAGAGUUUUUGAAGGGUGGGCAGCUUAUGUGUGCAAUGCUGCUUUUAUCUGAGUGCUUCAAAGGAGCAUUUUCCCUUUGCCCUCCGAGGCUCUGAGCUUCAUCCCUCUAUCCCAUCCUCUCCACUUGGCUGUUUACCUUCACUCGGACCUUAAAUACACACAACGUGUGGAUACUACGCAGAGAGACGUCAGGAGGCAAUAAACAGAACAGUGUUAACCUGCUUUCAUGGAGGUUUGAUCAUGCCUGUUUGUACAGUUUUUUGUUUUGUUUUGUUAAAAAAAUGUAAUAAUGACUUUUUUGUAGCAUUAAAUAUUAUUAUUAUUAUUAUUAUUAUUAUUAUUAUUAUUUAAAAAAUCAAGUGGAAGGCUGACUGUUGGCGUUAGCUGGUGAAGCAAAAAGCAGCCUUUUAGAAUAAUCAGAUUGGAACAAAAGAUACAAAGGUUUUCAUUAAAGAAUCAAAUGCCCAGCAGAAGCUAAAACAAAACUCAGCUGUUUAGUGAGUAGGUUAAGAGGUUUUAUUCUGCUUAGGGAUGAUUUCAGUCCUCUGCCAACUGAAUGUGUGUCUUUUAAAAGAUAAGUUCCUCUGGAAACCUGGCUGGGUAACAAUUCCCUAUACUUGCUUUAAAAUGCUGUGAGCAUCUUUCAGGAAUAUAUGCAAAGAAUUAACCAUCUGUUAGCUGAUAGAAGUUUAGAGACCUCUACACCACUCACAAGAAGCAAGUGGAGCGAGCCCAGGAAGGAGUUGGUAACUCUUUGAUGGUUCUGACAUGGGCUACAUUGAGUUCCUAUAUUGCUCUGGCUAAAUAUGUGGCAACUGUGAUUUUCACGCUUUUUUCUUUUUUUACAAUUUCCUAGACCCAUUUUACAGCAGUAUAAAUGCAAUGAAGCACAUGCUUCCUUCUGAAAUGCAUACAGACAAAACAAGAAGAGCUUUUCAUAUGUUGGUUUGUCCGCUGGUCCUGGGUGCAUUAUGAGACUGGAAAAGAGUCUAUUGAUGAUCUGUGGGAGAGUAAAAGCCUCACACUUCAUUUAGAUAGAAGCUGACAUUGCUUAGCAAAAUCUCACAGGAAACUCCUUAUUUAAAGAAACGGGUUGUAGAUCCCUCAUCUACCCUGCCCACUGUAGCUGCAUCAGGAAAAUAUCUAGAGUGGGGAAUAAGUUUGUUUUGUUCUAAUUACAUUCCUCAUAGGUAAAAUGAAUGAAUUUCUUACUAACCAAGGUAUAACUUUCACACAGGUUAGUGCUACAUGAUGCACUUCCCUAAAAAACAUUGGCUUCAGUACAUUAAACGCACCAACAUUAUUUCUCCUAGAUUGACAGUCUGUGGCAGCGAUUAGUAAGACAAAAGCCAUAGUGCCCAGUGUAGGCAAUGACAGUACACAUUGUUAAAAUGGAAGCAAGGCUACUGGGGGAUUGGGGUGCGGGGAGCAGGAGGUGGGUGGAGCGUUAUGGAAAUCAAUUUGUUGUCUUAUUUAUUUGUGUGUAUAUAUGUAGCCAAUCCUGCAGAUAACAUUGUUACAUGUAUACCAAAUAUUGUACCAAAUUGCAGAUUGUUUUAUAGCUUUGUAUGUUUUCAGAUAUUUAGUUUAAUGUUUUGCUACAUUUUAUAAAUCCUCCUCUUAUUCUGGAACACUGUGAUAGAUCAUCAAUAAUACAUGAUGGAAGGACAGCAUACUUAUGGACUACUUUUGUUGCUGGGUUCCAUUCCUCUUUCAAGCUGUGUGAUAAUACCUCUAUAACUUUGCCCAGCAAUGCAUCAUAUGGAAGAUCUGCUAAGAAAGAUGCUCUGGACCUGCAGUAUAAAAAUAAGACACUGCUAGAGUUUCUGUACUGGACACUUAAUUAGAUUCAACAAGUGGAAUAAAUUGCUUUAAACUUCCAAUAAUCUUCCUAGUUUGAGGGGGUGGGGGGAAGCCCUACUUGGUUAAAUGUGUAAGGGCUUAAACUCUGUAAAAGCAAUCAACAUGUACAGUUCUUUCUCAUGGCUCACUCUUUUUGAGAAGGUUUAUGAGCUAUUUGGCUGGUGUGAGACUCACGACCCACUCCUGUUCUCUCUAUGGAAUUGUAGGUGCUCAGACAGGUAACCUCUGCUGCUACUGUCUUUUAUUUUUAAUUUUUCACUGUUCUAGGAAUUUCUGUAAUACAAAUUAUUGUAGGAUUUAUAACCAAAUGUUUCCUUUUUUCCUUUGUUUUCUUUUUUAAAUUUGAGUGUCUCUGACCUUGGAGGGUGAUUUCUGGAAUGUUCUGAUGGUGGCUUAGACCAUGGUUAGAAAUUUCCAUACCCCUCAUGUUCCCAUUUUCAGUUGAAUGUAUUUUAUUUGCUUAAUGCAAUGUCAAUAAAUUGAUGUUUUGGGGUGGGAGUUUGUAAUCCUUAAUUAACAUUGUUAUGCUUUGUGAAUAUAUAUACCAUUAUUCCUUUUUAAAAAACUAUUUCUAACAGUUCACACUUUCUUACUGUUCUUUGCAAAACUUUUCAGGAGCCAAAAAAAGUCAAACAAUCCAGAGAAAAACUUCCCUUCUCCCCUUUCUGAUGGCAAGAGAGAGAGAGCUUGUGAAAAAACCUUGAGAAUGUUCCUCCCUAAACUUUUCCCCCCUGUGGUAAAACAGUAAACGCAGCAGUUUGGUGGCAUCCAGUACCGACCUGUUGGCAGUUUUUACAGGGCUAUGGUGCUUUCCAGGGGCACAAUCAGCACAAAUCUAAUCGGCAUCAAUUAAUAACAGAGUAAUAAAACUGGUAGGUGGCAACAGAAGAAGGAGCCUAAUGCGGAUGGCACCUGUGAUCUGAAAAUGCUGCCAUGUGGGGAGAGAUGGAUUCCAUUACAUUAGCUGAUGUAACGGGCAAAGAUGAGAGGCAGCUUCCCUGGCUUGUCAAUCUGCAUGACUGUGUCAGAUGUCCUUGGACACUGCAUCUCACCCUCAGUGAGGUGUUCUCAUGCAACAUCCGGAUAAGGAGAAGCAGCCGACAAUUGAUGGAAGAAUUGGGUGUUGAUGUUAGAACAAUCUCCAGAGACUGAAGCAUGUUCACCACAGGACAGGGUCUGUGAAGCAUCAAGAGGCCUUACUUCCUCUUCUCUUUUAUGUGCUUUGUUCCCUGCCCUUUGAGGUCUGAAGGGAACAGUACAUGGUGGCAUCCUGUACAGAGACUGAGGCAGAAUGGCAGCAUUGGUGGUAAUGCAUUCUUCACAUAAUGGAAGAUAAUAAAAUGUAAAUGUUUAA